GUAUCUGAAAAUUCGUUGGAGAUACACCAGAGUUUGAAAAAAAAAGUUUUUCGGUGCAUGAAUCUUGUCUACUUGAACACAGUUAAAAUGUCUGCAUUAACCUCUCUGAGUGUGCUUAUUCUUCUCGGGUCAACAUGUGGCUGUACAGGAACCACUUACAAUGCCACGUGGGCUAGUCUAGACACCAGGCCCCUGCCAGAGUGGUAUGACGAUGCCAAAUUCGGAAUUUUCAUUCACUGGGGCGUCUACUCUGUCCCCUCAUUUGGCUCCGAGUGGUUUUGGAACAGAUGGGCAAAUAAUUACACAGAUUAUGUCGAGUUCAUGAAGAAAAACUACCGCCCUGGAUUCACAUACCAGGAAUUCGCCAAGGACUUUACUGCUGAAUUUUUCGACCCUAAUGAUUGGGCGGAAAUUUUCGAAAAUGCUGGAGCAAGGUACGUUGUUCUCACGACUAAACAUCAUGAAGGAUACACGUUGUGGCCUUCGAAAUAUUCUUUCAGUUGGAAUUCCAAAGACGUGGGUCCAAGCAGGGAUUUAGUGGGGGAAUUCACCAAAGCUAUUCGCUAUACUAACAUACGACUUGGAUUAUACCAUUCUCUGUUCGAGUUCUACAAUCCGCUGUACCUGUUGGACAAGGCCAACGAUGAAAAAACGCAUUUAUUUCCUGAUCGCAAGACUAUACCCGAAAUGUAUGAACUGGUGAACACUUACAAGCCGGACAUCUUCUGGUCGGACGGCGGGAUAGGUUCGAGCGACGACUACUGGAAGUCAAGGGAGUUCAUCGCUUGGCUUUAUAACGAGAGUCCCGUCAAGGACGACAUCGUCGUGAACGACCGCUGGGGGGACGACGCCAUGUGCCACCACGGCGACUUCUACACGUGCGCCGACCGCUACAACCCAGGUACGCUUCAAGCACACAAGUGGGAAAACUGCAUGACGAUCGACCAAGUUUCGUGGGGUUUCAGGCGUAACGCCAGGUUGUCAGACAUCCUCUCGACGGCCGAGCUUAUUUCCAGCUUGGUGACGACAGUCAGUACCGGGGGAAACCUGCUGCUGAACGUGGGUCCAACUAAAGACGGCAUGAUCACGCCUAUUUUUGAAGAACGUCUACAAGAUAUUGGUAAAUGGCUUAAAAUAAAUGGUGAAGCCAUUUAUUCUUCCCGGCCAUGGACUACACAAAGAGACACAGUGACUUCAGAUGUGUGGUAUACUCAAAACAAGAACAGCACAGCAGUCUACGCGACGGCACUUAGUUGGCCGAAAGGUCGCAAAUUGGUCCUUGGAGCUCCAAGUCUAUUGAACAAUGCAACAGUGCAUUUGUUGGGACACUCCACUGCAUUGAAGUGGGCUGCAGUGGCAAAUGGAAUCCAGAUAACUUUUCCAAGUAAAGAAGAUGUCUCAAGCCAAUGGGCUUGGACCGUGAAGUUAACUAAUGUGCAGAAGAAAUAAAUAUUUCAAUGUACAUAAAUGUAACAUAAUUUAUGCUACACAAAUUUGUUGAUGUAUAUGAAAUUGAGGAUAAAUGUGAACUGCAGUAAA